CAAAGCGCAAGAGACAAUCCACAUUCACAGUGGGCGGAGCGGUCCCUUCGUUUUAUCCUGCUCAUCUCUCUCGUACCCACUUCACUUCUCGCUCUCCAUCUUCGUUCUUCACUGUGCAUCACCAGUAGCUCGCUCUCUCUCUCUCUCCCUCUUCUCUCAGGCUUCUGCUUUGUUAGUCACUAGGUCUUGUAUUCAAUGGGUAAGUCAGGAGGCAAAUGGAUCAAGCAAGUACUUUUCGGGAAGAAAUCAUCCAAAUCUAGGUUGGUCAAGAAAACCGUGACAGAAAAAGAGCCAGUCGCAGCCUUUGAUGCAUCAACUGAAGAUUUGGCUCCACAAUCUUGCACUCUUCCAGAUGAAUUGCCCCUCACUGGCAAAAGGAUGGAAGAAAGCUUGGAGUUAGGAAAGGGAGGUAAUCAUGACGUAGGACAGAAUGUGGUUCCCUUAUCGUGUGGUGUGGAUAAUGUGGGUUUUGAACGAUUAAACAUGAGCUCUGCUGAGAUAAUCAGACAAGAAAAGGCUGCUUCAAAAGUGCAGGCAACUUUUAGGGGAUACUUGGCACGUCGUGCAUUUCGUGUUCUAAAAGGCAUAAUAAGACUACAGGCACUUAUUCGUGGACACCUAGUUAGGCGACAAGCUAUUGCUACUCUAGUCUGCAUGCGGGGCAUUGUCAAUCUCCAAAGGCUGAUUCGUGGUCGAAAGGAUACACCUCAUGUGAAGUCAUAUGAUAGAAGUACUAACUUUAAGCCAGAGAAGCUACUGAAGAAUUCUUUCAUCUGUAAGCUUCUUUCAUCAACUACUGCUGUGCCCCUGAAUAUCCAUUAUGAUCCGGUUGAACCAAACUCAAGUGAGAACUGGUUGGAACGCUGGUCGUCAAUCCACUUUUGGGAACCUCUUCCACAACAAAAGAAAGCUACUGGGUUGAGGUUUCAGAAGCAACAGAGCAGUACUCCAUCUGGAGAAACUGAGCGAAACAGGACAAGGCGUGUUAGCCGAAGAGUUCCCAUUUCAAAUGGUGACAAUAAUUCAGUGAAGCCUGCAACUGAUACUGAGAAGCCUAACCGUAAACCGAGGAAAACUAUAAAUCAUAAACCAGAACAGGCGCAAGAACAGCCUCAAAAUGAGCUUGAGAGGGUAAAAGGGAAUUUGAGAAAAGUUGCUGCGGCUAGUAAAGAGGCUCAUGAAAAUUCUGAAGCUCUGCCAGAGAAGCCAAAGUCAACUCUCAUGGAUUCAACCUUCCAGUCUCCUGAUGCAGAUGGGAAAGUUGUAGAAGAUGUUGCUGAACUACAAAUUGUUGAAAAUACGGUAGUUAUUGGAGAUUCCUCAUUAGUUCAGUCUGAAACUCCUCCAAAACCUCUGUCUGUUGGUGAGUCUGUCGAUGUGCUUCUUGAUGAAUGCCCUGCGAUUGAAGCCCAAUUAUCCAUAAAUGAUGAAAAGGGUGAUGAAACUUUGGCAUUAAAUGAGGGGCCGACUCUGAAGGAAGAUAAUACUGCCAAAAUGAGCCAGAAGACCAAGAGGAGGAUGUCUUUCCCAGUGAAAGAGGAAUUAUCAGAGAACGUUUCAUUGAAUUCUCCUACAGUGCCUAGCUACAUGGCUGCAACUGAAUCUGCAAAGGCAAAGCUGAGAGCACAAGGAUCUGCAAGGAUCAGUCAAGAUGGGGUUGAAAAUGGUUUUGUCAGGAGGCAUUCUCUGCCAUCUUUGAACAAUGAAAAGUUGAGUUCAAUGUCACCGCGCAUGCAGAAGCAAGUCCAGGUAAAUGGAAAAGGUGGAAGCAGAACCGACAGAUCAUUGUUGUUAUCUAGAGAUAGUACUGAGAAACCAGGAUGGAGAAGGUGAUUGGACUCUUCCUCAAAUCGUUGAAGGGAUAACUGGCAGAUUAAAGUGGUUAUAUGUGGAGUGCUUCCAAUUCCUUUGUCAUUUCUUUCUGUCAAUGUAUAGCCAUACGUAGGUUCUAGCGGGUCUUGUUUGUGUGUACUGAUCAUGUGAGUUAUCUUCUACUUUAAGGUUUUCGAUAGAAGUUGAGAGGUGAAGAUCUUAAGGUUUGUGCCUCCUCAGUGGGGAACUUGUUUAAUUCUGUUUAUUUGCGUUGGAGGUCCUGUACACAGUUCAUGGAACAAUUGAAAACUUAUGCAUUUGAAAACCUUCCUCUCCUUUUA